AUGGAUUUGCUAUUAUAUCUGGCUGGCUUGCUGGUCCUCUUUCUACUGUGGAUUAAAGCAAAGGGCUUUGAGUAUGUCAUAGUCCACCACCGAUGGAUCUUUGUCUGCCUCUUCCUUCUUCCUCUGUCUGUUGUCUUUGAUCUCUAUUAUUAUGUCAGAGCAUGGCUGGUGUUUAAGAUGUGCAGCGCCCCAAAGCUCCAUGACCGCCGGGUUAAGGAGAUUCAAAAACAGGUACGUCAGUGGAAAGCCGACGGAGCAAAGAAGUUCAUGUGUACAGGGAGGCCAGGUUGGCUGACUGUAUCUCUGAGGGUUGGGAAGUACAAGAACACUCAUAAGAAUAUCAUGAUCAACCUUAUGGAUAUCUUAGAGGUGGACACCAAGAGACAGGUUGUUCGCGUGGAACCAUUAGCGAACAUGGGUCAGGUGACUGCCCUGCUUAAUUCUAUUGGUUGGACCCUUCCUGUACUGCCAGAACUUGAUGACCUGACCGUUGGUGGUCUUAUUAUGGGAACUGGAAUCGAGUCUUCAUCACAUAACUAUGGGCUUUUCCAACACAUCUGCUUGGCUUAUGAGCUUGUCUUGGCUGAUGGAAGCCCUUGUCCGUUGUACACCAGCUCCACAUUGAAAACUGAGCAAUCAACUGAGAACUCUGAUCUCUUUUAUGCUGUGCCAUGGUCCUGUGGGACUCUGGGAUUCUUGGUAGCUGCUGAGAUAAAGAUCGUCCCAUCCAAAAAGUAUGUGAAGCUACAUUAUACGCCAGUGAGGGGCCUGGAGAAGAUCUGUGAGAAGUUUUCCAGAGAGUCACAGAAGAAAGAGAACUACUUUGUGGAAGGUUUGGUUUACUCUGUAGAUGAGGCUGUCAUUAUGACUGGGGUCCUGACCGAUGAUGCUGAGCCAGGUCAGUUAAAGGUGAAUAGAAUUGGAAACUAUUGGAAACCCUGGUUCUUCCGCCAUGUGGAAUCUUUCCUAAAGAAUAACCAAAGUGGAACAGAGUACAUACCACUAAGACAUUACUAUCACAGACACACACGGAGCAUUUUCUGGGAACUGCAGGGACAUUAUUCCUUUGGUAAUCACCCAUUGUUCCGUUACCUGUUUGGCUGGAUGGUUCCACCAAAAAUUUCCUUGUUGAAGCUCACACAGGGAGAAACCAUCCGAAAGUUGUAUGAACAGCAUCAUGUGGUGCAGGACAUGCUUGUACCAAUGAAAUGUCUACAGAAAUCCAUUGAGGCUUUCCACAAUGAGAUCAAGGUGUACCCACUUUGGCUUUGCCCUUUCAUCCUACCCAGUCAUCCUGGCAUGGUGCAUCCCAAGGGCAAUGAGGCAGAGCUGUAUGUAGAUAUCGGAGCAUAUGGUGAACCAAAGACAAAACACUUUGAUGCCAAAGCCUCUAUGCGGCACUUAGAGAAGUUUGUCCGAGAUGUUCAUGGCUUUCAGAUGCUCUAUGCAGAUUGUUAUAUGACCCGUGAGGAAUUCUGGGAAAUGUUUGACGGAUCACUGUACCAGAAACUGCGGGACAAACUAAACUGCAAGAACGCAUUCCCAGAGGUGUAUGACAAGAUUUGCAAAGCUGCUCGCCACUGA